AAAGAAUAAAUCAUAAUUUCCCGUUUCCCCCUUCUUCAACAAAACGAGAAGUCCAGAAUUAGGGUUUCGAUAACCCUAACCCCCACCGCAGCCCCUCCAUUUCCGACGCCAUUUUGGCUAAUUUUUCCUUCAAUUAGAUCGAAGAUUUUGAAUUAAAUUACCUUCAUCAGUCUUCUGCGCGUGUUUUUCCCCUUAAUUCAAAGCAACAAUGGCGGAGCACUUGGCCUCAAUCUUCGGUACCGAGAAAGACCGCGUCAAUUGCCCCUUCUAUUUCAAGAUCGGAGCAUGCCGGCACGGGGACAGGUGUUCACGUCUCCACAACCGGCCGACGAUCUCACCAACGCUCCUUCUUUCCAACAUGUACCAGCGACCAGACAUGAUCACCCCCGGCGUCGAUGCCCAGGGCCAGCCAAUCGACCCCCGCAAGAUCCAGGAACACUUUGAGGAUUUUUACGAGGACAUCUUCGAGGAGCUCAGCAAGUUUGGUGAGAUCGAGAGCCUCAACAUCUGUGAUAACCUCGCCGACCACAUGAUCGGAAACGUGUAUGUUCAGUUCAAGGAGGAAGAUCAGGCGGCAGCCGCCCUCCAGGCACUUCAAGGAAGAUUCUACUCUGGCCGUCCUAUCAUUGCCGAUUUUUCCCCUGUCACCGACUUCCGCGAAGCGACUUGUCGGCAAUACGAGGAGAAUAGCUGUAACCGUGGAGGUUACUGUAAUUUUAUGCAUGUCAAGGUAAUCGGGAGGGAGUUGAGAAGGAAGUUGUUUGGGAGGCACCGCAGGUAUAGCGCUAGCCGGAGCAGGAGUAGGAGUGCUAGUCCUCGCCACCACCGACGUGAGAGGGAUUAUAGGUCUCAGUCCCAUGACCGAGACCGCGAUGAUCAUCGUGAUAGGAAUGGACGAAGAUCGGAUAGGCACGACCGUGAUGGAGGCAGCAGGCGAAAACAUGGGAGUCCUAAACGAAGCAGAAGCCCCCCACCAGCUAGGGAAGGAAGUGAGGAGCGGAGAGCCAGGAUUGAGCAAUGGAACCGAGAGAGGGAAGAGAAAGAGUAAUAAACAGAUUGUCGGGUCUAUGUUUCUAUAUCUAUAUUUCUUCCCCUUUGGUAAUUAUAUCUAAUUCUAGACUCAGUUCAUGUUUUUGCUAUGUUUCUGCAAUUUGGGUUGAACUUAAGUAUCCAUUUAGAUGGAUGAUGGCAACAAUCUUAGCUGUAACAAUGGUCUUUGUCUUCUUAGUGUCUGCUUUAAAUGCAGUACUUGUGUCUCUGUUUACCUACCCCUGUUUUAAUGAGAUUAUUAUGCUUUUGCUUUAUGUUCCAACUUAUAAACCUGCCUUAGGCUAAUUGUAUUUCAGUGCAUAUGGACGGAAU